AACUUGUGCUUUGCAAUGAAUAGUUUCUGAAUGGGAGGGAGGGAAAUGGAUCUUCGCAAAUUCACCGUCAAACGUCAGGGUUCAUCGUGGCAGCUGCAGCUCGCCGUCUCUACUCUUCUGUUCUUAGCGGUUAGUUCACUUGGAUCUCCUAUUGAAACUCGCAAAAGUGGCAAAUCAUCUGUGUUCUCCUUAUUUAACCUUAAAGAAAAAAGUCGAUUUUGGAGUGAGGAUGUAAUACAUAACGAUUUUGAUGAUUUAAAGUUUUCAAGUCGGGGCAAAGUAAGCGCAUUUAACUACACCAAUGCAGGUAAUAUUGCAAACUAUCUAAAGCUUCAGGAAAUCGAUUCCAUCCACCUUCCAGUUCCUAUGAAUUUUAUAUUUAUAGGAUUUGAAGGGAAGGGCAACCAAGAAUUCAAACUUCUUCCGGAAGAAAUUGAGCGUUGGUUUACCAAAAUUGAUCAUAUCUUUGAACAUACACGGAUUCGGCAUGAAGAUGUUCUAACUGCAUUUUACAAAACUAGCAGAGAUAAAAUGCGUUGGCACCACCUUCCUGUUGUCAGUCACAUAAAUUACAACUUUUCUGUCCAUGCUAUUGAGAUGGGAGAGAAGGUUACCUCCAUAUUUGAGCAUGCAAUAAAUGUCUUUGGUCGCAAGGAUGACCCGAUUCAUAGCGGGGCUAAUGAUGGCGAUCGUUGGCAAGUAGAUGUGGACAUGAUAGAUGGUCUCUUGGCUAGCCUGAUUGAAUACCUUCAACUUGAAAAUGCAUAUAAUAUUUUCAUUUUGAAUCCCAAGCGUGAUGAAAGGAAGCCUAAUUAUGGGUAUCGGAGAGGUUUAUCUGAGCCCGAAAUAAACUUGCUAAAGGAGAAUAAGAGUUUGCAAAUGAAACUUCUUCAGUCCGAAGGCAUUCCUGACAAUAUUCUUGCUCUUACUAAGAUUCAGCGACCAUUAUAUGUAAAACAUCCAAUGAUGAAAUUUACUUGGACUAGAACUGAGGACACUGAUAUUGUGGAAUGGUAUAAUAUUUGGCUUGAUGCGCUAGAUAAUUUUGGGAGGUUGUAUCAAGGAAGAGACACAGCUGAGGUUAUUGAGGUCAAAGCUUUACAGUUACUGAAAGGGAAGGAUCAAGACCUGAAACUGCUUUUGGAAAGAUUAUUAAAAUCUGGAGAUUAUAAUGGUUUUCAAGCAGAGUGUCUGACGGACACAUGGAUUGGAAAAGACAGAUGGGCUUUUAUUGAUUUAAGUGCAGGUCCUUUUUCAUGGGGACCUGCUGUUGGUGGAGAAGGUGUGCGUACAGAGGCAAGUUUACCGAAUGUGGAAAAGACAAUUGGUUCAGCUUCAGAAAUUUCAGAAGAAGAAGCCGAAGACCGAUUGCAAGAUGCUAUACAGGAGAAAUUUGCUGUAUUUGGUGAUAAAGACCAUCAGGCUAUUGAUAUUCUUCUAGCUGAGAUUGAUAUAUAUGAGCUUUUUGCUUUUAAACAUUGCAAGGGAAGGAAAGUCAAGCUUGCUCUUUGCGAAGAACUUGAUGAGAGGAUGCGGGAUUUGAAAAAUGAGCUCCAGUUGUUUGAAGGCGAAGUAUAUGAUGAAAGUCAUAAGAAAAAGGCCAUAGAGGCAUUAAAGCGGAUGGAGAGCUGGAAUUUAUUCAGUGACACAUAUGAGGAGUUCCAGAAUUACACGGUUGCUCGUGAUUCUUUUCUUGCACAUCUAGGUGCAACACUCUGGGGUUCUAUGAGACAUGUCGUAUCACCUUCACUUGCUGAUGGUGCCUUCCAUUAUUAUGAGAAGAUAUCCUUUCAGUUGUUUUUUAUGACACAGGAAAAAGUUAGGCACAUUAAACAGCUUCCUGUGGAUAUGAAGGCUAUAAUGGAAGGACUUUCCUCAUUGAUGGCUCCUUCUCAGAAACCAAUGUUCAGUCCGCACUUGUUACCUCUGUCAGAGGAUCCUGCUUUAGCAAUGGCCUUCUCCGUUGCACGACGCACAGCUGCUGUCCCUUUAUUGCUUGUCAAUGGAACCUAUCGAAAGACAAUUCGUACCUAUCUUGAUUCUUCCAUUCUUCAGUAUCAGUUGCAAAGGCUGAAUAAGCAUGGUUUGCUUAAAGGUAGGCAUGCACAUUCUAGGUCCAUGCUAGAGGUUCCAGUCUUUUGGUUCAUUUACAGUGAACCACUAUUGCUGGACAAACAUUUUCAGGCAAAGGCGCUGUCUGACAUGAUUAUUGUCGUUCAGUCAGAAUCCUCUUCUUGGGAAAGCCAUCUACAUUGUAAUGGGCACUCACUUCUACUGAACUUGAGGCAGCCUAUAAAAGCUGCAGUGGCUGCUACUGCUGAGCAUCUCGCGGGUUUGCUUCCACUUCAUCUUGUUUAUAGUCAAGCCCACGGGACUGCAAUUGAGGACUGGAUAUGGUCAGUAGGAUGCAACCCUUUCUCCCUUACAUCACAAGGUUGGCACAUUUCACAGUUCCAGUCUGAUUCAAUUGCUCGGAGUUAUGUUAUCACUACUCUUGAAGAAUCAAUACAACUGGUUAAUUCAGCCAUUCAUCUUCUACUAAUGGAGCGAACUACUGAAAAAACUUUCAUGAUCUUCCGGUCCCAGGAGCAUGAACUUGUAAACAAGUACAAUUAUGUUGUUAGUCUUUGGAGAAGGGUAUCAACUGUCACUGGAGAAUUGCGUUAUCUUGACGCAUUGAGGCUACUAAACACCGUGGAGGAUGCAUCCAAAAGGUUUCUUGACCAAGUUAAUGCGACUCUUGCCCUUCUCCAUCCAAUUAACUGCACAAGAGAAAGAAAAAUACAUAUGGUCUUUGAUAUGACAACAAUUCCUGCUUUCUUGAUUGUUCUAGUGUGCCUUUAUAUGGUAAUGAGGCCAAGGCGACCAAAACCAAAGAUUAAUUGAGGUUUCAAGCUACCAUUAUGAAUUUUAAUUAAAGUAGGAUUAUUAUAAGGAUUUUCCAUGUUGGAAAGUUCAAGGAUUGUGGAAACAUCUUUGAGUGGGAAGGAUUUACAGUUAUUUAUACGAUAGACGUGCAUAAUUUUGCAGUAGGAUUUUAAGUGGGUCAAGUAUAGUGCCGAGCUAAUUGUCAGUUUGUUUGUACCUAGUUUUUUAAUGCAGCAAUUUUCGCCUAUGUGUGAAUUGAGCUAUUUAUAAGCUUGUAAUUUAUUGGUUUCU